CUGAGGAUGAGACUGUGAGCAAGAAGCAGGCAAAUCCCCAGGGAGGCCUUCCUUGGACAGCGGAGCCAGACUUGCUAUCAGGACUCCCCAAGGAGAACAGUUCCCAGAGUCCUGAGCAGGAUCCAGUUCACCCCCGCAGGUCAGAAAGGGUUCAGAGAACUCCCCUGGGGAAGAGGCAAAACAGAGCGACGCUUCGUGGAAAAAGUUUCAGGAGGCUGCCAGACUCCAGCCAGCAGAGAAAUCCUGCAGCGGGGAGGCUGACAAUAUGUGGGGACUGUGGGAAGAGCUUCCGAGUGAGCUCCAACCUGGUCCAGCACCGGAGAAUCCACACUGGAGAGAAGCCCUUUGGCUGUGCCGAGUGCGGGGAGAGCUUUCGCCAGCGAUCUCAUCUCAUCCAGCACCAGAGAAUCCACACAGGGGAGAGACCCUACGAGUGCUCCGAGUGCGGGAAGAGCUUCAGCAUGAGCUCGAAGCUGAUCCGGCACCAGGUAACGCACACGGGGGAGAAGCCCUACAAGUGUGCAGAGUGUGGAAAGAGCUUUGCCGGGAACUCGCAACUGGUCCAGCACCGGCGAGUGCACACGGGGGAGAAACCCUUUGAGUGCAGCCACUGUGGGAAGAGCUUCAGCGUGAGCUCAGCCCUGACGCGACACCAGAGGGUCCACACGGGAGAGAAACCCUACAAGUGCGCGGCGUGUGGCAAGAGCUUCAGCCAGAGCUCCGAGCUCAUGAAGCACCAGCGGGUCCACACAGGGGAGAAGCCCUACGCGUGCUCCGAGUGUGGGAAGAGCUUCACAGUGAGCUCUGCCCUCAUCCAGCACCGGCGGUUCCACCUGGGCGAGCGCCCCUAUGGGUGCUCUGAGUGCGGGAAGAGCUUCACGGUGAGCUCCCACCUCAUCCAGCACCGCCGCUUCCACACGGGCGAGCGCCCCUACGAGUGCACCGAGUGCGGGAAGAGCUUCCUGUGGAGGUCGGCCCUGCUCCGGCACCGCAGGGUGCACACGGGGGAGCGGCCCUACGCCUGCGCCGACUGCGGGGACAGCUUUCGGCAGAGCGCCCACCUCAUCCAGCACCGGCGGAUCCACACGGGCGAGCGCCCCUACGCCUGUGCCAGCUGCGGGAAGGGCUUCACCGUGAGCUCGGCGCUCCUCCGGCAUCAGCAGAUCCACAGGGGUGAGGAGCCCUAGGAGGAGGGA